CACCGGAGCCAAGAUGGCGGCUGGGCACGUGACCCGGGGCAACCGGAUUUCCGGUUCCCGAGCUGACGGGACGGAAGCGAGGGGAAGCGCAAUCUCUGUUGUCGGUGUUAGUUGCUGCCUUCGCCGCUAACGUUCUGGUAUGAGUUGCUAAAACCAUGGUGAAAUGUUGCUCGGCCGUUGGAUGUGCUUCUCGCUGUUUACCAAAUUCCAAGCUAAAAGGACUGACAUUUCACGUAUUCCCGACAGAUGAAAACGUCAAAAGAAAAUGGGUAUUAGCAAUGAAAAGAUUUGAUGUGAAUGCUGUAGACACUUGGGAGCCUAAAAAAGGAGAUGUGUUGUGUUCAAGGCACUUUAAGAAGACAGAUUUUGACAGAAGUGCUCCAAAUAUUAAACUGAAACCUGGAGUCAUACCUUCUAUCUUUGAUUCCCCAUCUCACUCACAGGGGAAAAGACAAAAGCUUCAUUGUAGGAAAAACUUCACCCUCAAAGCCCUUCCAGUCACAAACCACAAUCACCAGCUUGUUGGUGCUUCCUCGUGUAUCGAAGAAUUCCAGUCCCAGUUCAUUUUUGAACAUAGCUACAGUGUGAUGGACAGUCCAAAGAAACUUAAGCAUAAGUUAGAUCAAGUGAUCAGCGAGCUAGAGGAUACCAAGAAAAGUCUGCAGAAUGUUUUAGGCCGACAAAGACGUUUACAAAAAUCAUUGAGGAAGACAAUCAGGGAAUUAAAGGAUGAAUGUCUCAUCAGCCAAGAAACAGCAAAUAGACUGGAAGCUUUCUGUUGGGAGUGGUGUCGGGAGAGCACAGAACAAGACUAUAUUUCAUGAAAUAAUUUCAUGUUAUGUUCUACCUAAAAUUGUUAUUGGUACAGCUUUUCAGAAAAUGAUUACCAUCAUUAAAUA